AUGGCUGCUGGAGUACAACUGUGUAAACAGACCAGUCACUUUAUAUUUUUUGCCUUAUACGUGCUUUGUGUCCUGUGUAACAGGGGAACUUCUCUUAACACACCUAUACAAACCACAAGUACAGCAUUCUACCCGUCCAGUACCGACGUGUCAUCAGAAGGUGAAAAAGCUGUCUUUAGCUCUGACAUUUCUACAGUAAAGUUGUCAUCGAUAGCAAGCUUAUCGGAAGAAGAAACGUUUGUUAUCACUUCUGUAUCAGAAAGCAGCUCCUCAGGUUUGAUACCUAAACCUACUUCAGCUGUCGGUGAGACGGUACUGACAUCUCCAACAACAACAGAGUUUGAAGCAACACCUACAACGUUAUCAAGAGUAUCAACAAGUCCAGCUACUGUAGUUGACACAUUACUAUCAACUCUAUUUACUGCAGCAGAGACAGUUGAAACAAAACCUUCAACUACAUCAACCAUCGUUGAGACGAAUGUAACGUUAACUUCUUCAGUUGCCUUUAAUACCACACUCAUCAGUCAAACAGUUGAGAUUCUAAACACGUAUACUUUAAUCAAUGGGGCUGAAAUUACUUCAUAUUUGUUUUACACGUCAUCAGACAACAGUCCUGGCACAGCUGGUCUGGAUUUAUCAAUAAACUCUACUUCAAAACAGUCAUCAACUACAAGGGAACAAUCAAGCAGUUCAAUUGUUUCAACCGAUUUAUUUUCAAAUAUGUCGUCUGCUAUUCGUCCCUCUACAACUUACUUAGGCGUUGGGUCAACUCUUUAUAUGGAGACGCCGACUGUGACAGAUUUAGUUCUAAGUAGUUCGAGGUCACUUUGGGACACCACGUCUGUCAUCUUAACCUCCAUGCCAUCCACUGUUGCGAUGACGACUGAAAACUCGCUGCAGUCCUCUACGCUGAUGGAUAGUGCAAGUUCUGUGGUAACAGAGGUGAUAUCAACGACACUGACCAAUACAAACCCAGGCGGAACUUUAAGUAGUACAUUAACCAGCAGUACGUUAUCGCCUAAGCCGGAGUUCAGCUCGUCAUCUGACGGAUUAUUUACCACAUCAACUACACGUGUUAAUACACCUGUCUAUAACUCCACGCAUCAUGCCUCUACCAUUACAACAUUAGAGACGUCAUCACUCGGAACCAGUCAUACAGAACAUGUGACUUCUCGUUAUUACUCCUCAUCCUCGUCGUCCGUGGUUUUAGCUCCAACCAGCAGCACUGAUGCUGGUAUGACGUCAUCAGUGAUGUCUGUGACACCUGAUCCUUCCUUAAUCGCAGAAUUGGACAGUCUUCGGAACAAAGUCCAAGAAUUAGAAGACUCCAAUAAUGGCUUACAGACUGCUAUAAUUGUGCUUGCAAUAGCGUUGGCGGUUAUCCUACUGAUAAUCCUCGGAUAUAUCUUUCUACGUCGAAGGCGAGCGGCAAAACGAAAAAAGAACAGAUUUGCCGGCAUCGACGCUGAUCUCACUACACCUGUGAUUCAGCGCCCCAAGCCGUCCUUUGGUUACAGAGAUAGUCAGGACGUGUCAUUCGGCGGUAGAGUCAGUACAGCUACGCUGGAAGAGAGUGGAGAAAUGUCGACAUUAGGAACAUUUUCUACACUUCCCAAGACUGGAGUACACAAUAACAAUAUGGAUACGCCAUCUUAG